GCACUCCAGUUAAUGACAAAAACAUAAAAACAUCAAUAGCAGCAGCAACAGCAGAGGACAAAGAAUAGUCAACAAGGAGCACCUGUUGUCAUGACCCGUGAAAAUGACCAAAAUGCUCAUGGAGGAUGCUGUGAAUCCUUUAAAGACUAUGUUACCUCCACAAAAUUUCUUCUCUUUUUUGGUCAUGCUCUAUCCACUUGGGGAGAUCGGAUGUGGCAUUUUGCAGUAUCUCUGUUUCUGGUUGUGCUCUAUGGAAACAGCCUGCUCUUAACUGCUGUCUAUGGGCUGGUGGUGGCAGGUUCUGUUCUGAUCCUGGGAGCCAUCAUUGGAGAUUGGAUAGAUAAGAAUCCAAGGCUUAAAGUGGCCCAGACUUCUUUGAUUGUACAGAAUGUUUCAGUCAUCACGUGUGGUAUCGUCCUAAUGAUGGUUUUCUUGCAUAAAGUUGCUCUUCUGAUCAUGUACAGUGGAUGGGUUCUUACUUCCUAUUAUAUCCUGAUCAUCACUAUUGCAAAUAUUGCAAAUUUGGCCAGCACUGCAACUGGGAUCACAAUUCAGAGAGACUGGAUUGUUGUUGUUGCAGGGGAUGACAGAAGCAAAUUAGCAGACAUGAAUGCUACAAUACGAAGAAUUGACCAGUUAACUAAUAUUCUGGCCCCCAUGGCUGUUGGUCAGAUAAUGACAUUUGGCUCUCCAGUGAUUGGCUGUGGGUUCAUUUCUGGAUGGAAUUUGGUGUCCAUGUGUGUAGAGUACUUCUUACUCUGGAAAGUUUACCAGAAAACCCCAGCUCUAGCUUUGAAAGCUUCUCCAAAAGCAAAUGAAACAGAACUGAAACAACUGAAUUUACAGAAAGAUAUUGAGACAGCCCAGGAGGGAUCCCAUCUGAUGGGUGAAAAAGAUUCUAAGAAGUAUGAGUAUGAGAAUGAAACAGAGCCUGGCUGUGCUUCCCAGAUAGUGGAGCCUUUCCGUACUUUCCGUGAUGGAUGGAUCUCAUAUUACAACCAACCAGUGUUUCUUGCUGGCAUGGGUCUUUCUUUCCUCUAUAUGACUGUCCUGGGCUUUGAUUGUAUCACUACUGGCUAUGCCUACACUUGGGGUCUGAGUGGCUCAGUGCUCAGUCUUCUCAUGGCAGCCUUAGCUAUCACUGGUAUUAUGGGAACAGUGGCUUUUACCAGACUACGAGAAAAGUGUGGACUGGUUUGAACAGGUCUAAUCUCUGGAAUAGCCCAGAUAGCCUGUUUGAUCCUCUGUGUGGUCUCCGUUUUCAUGCCUGGAAGUCCUUUGGACUUAUCAGUUUCUCCCUUUGAAGACAUCAGUUCUAGAUUUAUUCAAAGUAAGGAAUUGUCCACACUAGUACCUACAGAAGGACCUGAAACUUCCUUCAUAACUGGAAUGUACAAUUUACUAAAUGAGUCUUAUCCUACUAAGGGAUAUGCAGAGAUGAGUCCAAAGCCUGUACCUUUAAUCUCUGUCAGUCUGCUGUUUGCAGGGGUCAUUGCUGCUAGAAUUGGUCUUUGGGCCUUUGAUUUGACUGUGACGCAGUUACUACAAGAAAAUGUAAUAGAGUUGGAACAAGGCAUUAUAACUGGUGUACAGAACUCUAUGAACUAUCUUCUAGAUCUUGUGCAUUUCAUCAUGGUCAGCUUGGCACCCAAUCCUGAAGCUUUUGGUUUACUUGUGUUGAUUUCAGUCUCUCUUGUGGUAAUGGGUCACAUGAUGUAUUUCCGAUAUGCCCAGAAAACUCUUGGAAAUCAGCCCUUUGUUUGUUGUCCUAAUACAAAAACAGUCACCAGUGAAGCAGAAAGUAAUGUGUCUGUUGUGUAACACAGUUAGUUAAUUGUUGCUAUCCCUGUUACUGAAUUGUAGCACCAGUCCUUACUUUAGGGUACCCAUAAAUGGUCAAGAUGUUUCUUUUGAGUUUAUUACAGUUAUGCCUUAAGGGGCAAGCUUCAAAGAAGCUAAAAAUAUGUAAAUAUGAGUUAAGGAGUCCCCUUCAUAUCUAGGGAUUAAAGGACUAGGAAAAAUACCCCAGUAACUGAAAUAUG